AAUGCUUUAUCUCUUAUAGUUGACUUUGUUUACCUAAAAGCAUAGAAAGUAAAACUGGAUUUUAUUUUUUUCUGAUUGCUUCUUGUUCUCUUUUUACAAAACGAAAAAAAUAAGCAUACGACAAUGCUGUCAUGUAUGAUACAAACAGGACAAUUUUCAGAUGUUAAGUCAGCACAAAGGAUGUGAACAUAUGGUGAAUAGGCAAAACAGCUUGGUGAAGGAUGGAAGUAGACCCAUUGUUUCUCAUGCUUUCUUCAUACAUGGAUUGCCUAGGCCUCUGUUCACAUGUCCUAAUGAAGGCAUUUUAAUUUCUCAUGGAUUAUAUCUGCACUAGGUAAUCACAACAACUCAAAGAAAAGAAGGCUGGCCAAUUCAAAAUCAUAUAUUAACCAUGCAAUUUUAAUGGACUCUGGGUGUAAGCCAAUUUUCUAAGUCUGAAUUUUUUGUUCCUUUUCGUUUGUGUGCUAAUACUUUCAUAACUGUUUUUCUGGGGUUGAGUUUGACCCUAAGUCCAAAUUCUAAUUCUGAUAUGUUACAUACAAGAUUGUUUGUCAGUUUCAUUGCUAUAUGCUAAGUAUCAAUAACUUUAUAUGUUAGCAUUAUUUUAUACUGCUGCAAGAGCUUUUAAGUUUCAUUUUCUAUCUCUUGGGUUUAUCUCUAUCUACAUUGUUGAGAGUGGUACAACAUCGUUGCUUAGAAUCAUCGAUGCACCUUUCCAUGACGUGCUCUACUUUGCUGUUGCUAAUCAACCUUGCUUGCUUGAUGUUCGAAUUGAUGCAAUGUAUACAAAGCCUUCCAAUCAGAGCAACUUCAUUUGCAGACAUCAAAUUAAAAAAGUUAUGCUAGAGCCUAGAAGGAAAAAUAGCAAGCACAAGGUGGGUUUCUGUAUGCUCACACUAGGGUUAGUUGAAGUUGUUAACAAGUAAAUUUAGUAGUGAUUUUGUUAGACAUCCUAACCAAAUUGAAAGAGAGGGAGAAGUCAGAAGGUAUAACAUAGCCAUAUAUAUAAUCGAGAUGUCAAGUCCUUGGAGUGAUGGAUGUGUGCUAGAGGGAAUAGUUCUGUAUUUUUAUUCAUAUCCUUGCUGAUUAUUACAUAGCCAUAUAUAUAGCAAUUCUUGCUAACAGAAUUGCACCAAAUCAUGCUAGGGAAUAUUACAAUAACAGAAAGUGGUUAAACUUGUCUCCUAGCAGCACUACACAGCAAGGUCCCACUGUCAGUUCAGCCUCGAAUCAGUUUUCCUUUUGGGCCUUAGCAGGCCUGUUUCUUCCUUCUGCAAUACCUUCUUCCUAUCAUCAAUCCUUUUGAUUAUUUUAACAUGUGCAUGCGAACUAGGAUCUGAUUAUAAUGGUUAUGAAAAUGUGAACUCUUAUUUUAACAUAUCUAUUUGACUAUUUCUUCCAUUCCAUGAAAAUUGACUUUGAAAAUAAAGGCGAAGCACAUAUGGAUUUGUCAUGGACUUGGCUAAUACAACAUUACCUGUUAUUCUCAAGAAUGAUAGACUACCUAAUUAUAAUGUUUUAGAUGUUAUAGUGUGUUGUUUUCACUAAUAAUGUGAUUCUGAAAUGGAAUUUGAAAUGACAUUAAGUUAGUGUUUUCUAAAGAAAGAAAAUCACACAAUAAUCUAUGAAGUAUGAAUUUUGUUUGCUGUUUUCCUGAUCCACUGUCCCCUCUCCAAAUUUCAGGUGGAAAUGUUGGGUUUGAUAAGAAGGUAUGGGAGAUAGUUGAACAUAAGAAAGGCGAAACCCCCUCAAUCACUUUUAAGUGCCACAGUCAUGAUGGAGAGGAAGGUUAUCCUGGGGAUAUCACCGUUACUGCCACUUACACACUCACCUCAAGCACAACUCUGAGGCUUGACAUGGAAGAAGUGCCAAAGGACAAGCCCACCAUAGUUAACUUAGCUCAGCAUACCUACUGGAACUUAGCUGGCCACAACUCAGGGAAUAUACUUGACCAUUCAAUUCACUUAUGGGCUAAUCAUAUCACGCCUGUGGACGAGAAUACGGUGCCAACCGGUGAAAUCAUGCUAGUGAAGGGUACCCCUUUUGAUUUUACAUCCUUUAAUAGAAUAGGCAGCACCAUUAGUCAGGUUGGACUGGGAUAUGACGACAAUUAUGUGCUUGAUUGUGGGGAAGAGAAAGAGGGUUUGAGACAUACUGCAAAAGUGAGGGAUCCAUCAAGUUCAAGAGUACUUAACUUGUGGACAAAUGCCCCUGGUGUGCAAUUUUACACUACAAACUAUGUGAAUGGUGUUCAAGGAAAAGGAGGUGCUAUAUAUGGAAAGCAUGCCAGGUUAUGUCUCGAGAUACAGGUGCUAUAUAUGAAAAGGAGGUGUUAUAUAUAUAGUUUAAUUACUCAUUUGGUCAUUGUAGUUUAAUCAUUUAUACUUUUUAGUCCUUAUAGUUUUAAAGUGAUUUUUUUAGUUCA